AUGGCUCUCCCUUUGGAUAAUUCUUCUUCCACAACCCCAUCUGCCCAAGCAGCUUGUCAACGCCCCCAUCAAUGCGAAUACUGCCCAAAAUCCUUUUACCGCCUCGAGCACAAGGUGCGACAUGUCCGCACGCACACUGGAGAGAAGCCUCACGCCUGCUCAUUUCCACAUUGCGACAAGCGAUUCGCGCGAUCAGACGAGUUGAGUCGCCACGCACGUGCUCAUGUAGCUUCACCAUCCAUUCUAUUGCAUAGACGUAGGCGUGUACGUCGUCAAUCAGCAUCAUCCAAGGCCCGCUCACCAGAUGAUGAAGAAGCCUAUAUGCGACAACAACAACAUUGCUCUAUAUUGCGAUUUGUCCAUGCUGGAUCAACACUCUCUCAUCGAUCAAGAGCUUCUUCCAUAUCCCAUCAAUCCACAUCAGCAUCCAUUUCAUCAUCUUCUUCAUCAACUACAUCCUCCUCCUCUUCUUCUUCUUCUUCAUCUUCAUCCCAACAACAUCAUCGAUCCCAUUCUACUCCUGCUACUGCUGCUGUCACUGUUAAAUUGCAUCAUUGUCCUUCACCUACAUGCUUCAAAUCUUUUUGGAGAAAGGGUCAAUUGGCACGACACAUUGAAAAGCAACAUGGCGUUGAAUUAUCUUCUGCUGAACGAAUGGAUCCUGAAAGUGUCCCUGAAACUGCCUUUGUCAACGUAUUGAAUAAUGAAGCAAAGAGUCUCAAUACCACAGCAGCAAGUACACCAGAGCAACAACCCUUCAUGGAUGAUGCAUUGUGCUCAUCAGCAAGUUCAGAUACGAGUAGUGAUAAUGGUGAUGACAUGAUGUGUGACGAUCCUCAACAACAACAACAACAACACGCCCAUCAUCCUCAACAUCACCACCACCACCACCACCACCACCAGCCCCUACCGUUUAUGGUUGACCAAAAAUGGCAGAGUUUGGGGACGCCCCAUCAUCAUCAGCAUCAACAUCAUCAUCAUCAUCCUGCUUUACCUCCAGCCCAUCGGAUCGGGUUAUGUUUGCCGGAUCCCACGCUCAUACUUCCCCCUCCUUCAGCAAUACUAUCUCCACCUUCAACACCAACCGAUGAUGAUUAUCGUUCAUCCUCAUCUUCUUACCGCUUACCACCCAUCAAGAUGUUAUUGUCUUCUUCUUCUUCUCCUUCUUCUCCUGCAGUGGAUUAUCCAUCAUGGUCCUCCUAA